UAUUUAGAAUAUAUUUAACAGUGCCAGACCAGAAACAAAAUUACUAAAUGUGACUGCAUGAUUAUACGACACGUCAUCGAGAAACGGCGUAAUUUUAAUUUAUUGCAUGAAUUUAUAAUUCACAUUUAAAACAAGUUUCAUCGACACAUACAACGAACCGUAAUUCUUCGUUCAACAAAAAACAUAGGAAAAAAUUAGCUCUUAAAAUCGCCACAAAGCUGAAUUGGCCGGCACUGAAUAUGUUGUGUAAUUUUGUUUGUAAGAAGCAAUAAGACGGACACUAACAAUUGUCGUGGAUCUUCGAUGCUAUUGCUGGAACUGAGGCAGAGGAGCGAAAUGGUGAAGUUGUCACUGCUGCAGGAAUGCCUGUGCUGCCUACUGGUGUCCUUCACUCUCCAGAUUCAGGCCCUGCACGCUCAAGAUGUGGUGAGCCAGUUGAAGCUUUUUCCAAACGUGACGAUGAUCGACGCGACGUGGGAGCUGCAGGAGCCAACUGCUGAAGUUUCUAGGUACUAUGUAUCAUGGAUACCUGAUGGACUAAGCGUCCCUGCUGCAUCUUGUUACAUUGACUCGCCUGCUACCAGCACCUCGGCCUGUGAUGGAUACCAGACCUUAGACAGCUGCACUUUCUACAACGUCACGGUGCAGCCCAUGGCAUUAGAUGGGAGCACUGAGGUCGACACUGGCACCCCUGCAUCCGCAGCAGACUACACCCUGCAGGAUGGUGAGCGGGGCGAGCAUAGUUUACUUCGAUUCGAACCGGUAGUGCGAAAAAAAUCCCACAUGAUGCUGGGAUUUUUUUGA